AUGGUCGUCUACAGCCCGGAGUUGUUCACGGAACGCACGGCGAUCCCGAAUGCCGGGUGGUGGAGGAAUCCGGUGCCGACGGAGCGGCGGGACGACAGCUAUUUCGUCGACCUGGCACAGUUCAUGAUCACCACCAAGGAGUCGCUGGACGAGGUGAACGAGCUGUUGGGGCGGAGCGAGAAUCCGAUCAACAGCGUGCAAUUCCGAGGGAACAUCGUGGUGGACAAAUGCUCGCAGGCUUGGGAUGAGGAUAUGUGGUCUGAGCUGCGAUUUGGCGACCAUUCCGCCUCGACCGUGCUGCAAUGCUACAAGCCGUGCACGCGAUGCAUCUUCACGACGGUCGACCCGGAAACGGGGACCAAGGACCCUGGGCAGCAGCCGUUGCAGAUGCUCAAGGAGCACCGCAUGGCCCCGCCGGAUCUGGUCAAGGACCUCGGAAAGCUGCCAAUUUUUGGUGUCAAUGCCGGGACAAAGAUACCCGGCUACAUCUACGAGGGCCAAACCGUUUGGGCCCGCCUCAAGCCGUGCGCCUUC